AUGAUCGAAGUACUAGUCAUGUCUGUCCUACCAGUUGCUUUGGCAAUGAGACCAGAAGCGGGAAAGGAUGAAUUCCAACUGGAUUUGUCGGCAUCAUUCCGAUUUGACGACAGCAGCCGAGAGGAUUUGUCGGCACUCCGAUUCGAUGACGGCUCCCGAGAGCCAGCUGCGACAACAAGAGCAUCGGCUAUGGAAACAUCUAUCGAAAUCACACUGGAAGAGAGUCAAAGCUUUUGGGGUGAAGAGCGAAUGCAAAUGUAA